GUUAGUUGUCUACCGAUUCAAAUGGAUCUCAAACACCAGCUCCAAAUUGCUAAAAUGAAACUAAAAUAUUUACUAAUAAUGGAGAGAGCUAAGCAAGUAUAUUCUGGAGUGGGAUUUAAUAAACGAGGACUUCUAGACAGUGAAAAGAAAGUAAUUAUGAAAAAUGCAAGUAUUCAGGUACUUUUGCUGGAGGAAGAUGAUUGUCAAGUAUUUUUAGAGAGAGCUACUUUAGAAAAUAAAACAUGGUUCCAUACUUUGAAAAUAGAAAUACCUCCUUAUGAAUAUGUGACUUCGUUCCGUGGAAAUCCCCUUAUCUCAUUAGGAGGAUAUAGAUAUUCGAAAGUUAUAGAUAAAAGAAGAAAGAACGUCGUAAAACAUAAAUGGCGUUGCUCCAACCAGGGAUUCAUAAAAUGUGCAGCAUAUUUAUAUACGAUUGAAGACGAGGUGGUUUUAUUACGUGGAGACCAUAACCAUCCUCCUUCGAAGCAAAUCUGGAAAUCUUAGUCUUCUGUCUUUAUUUAAAUAUACAAAUUAAUAAGAAAACCAUUUAUUUUUUAUCUGUAGUGUAUUAACAAUCUCCGUGCAUGAUAUCUAUCUGUUGGCCUGUUGCUGCGUGAAAGAAAAAUAAUGAAACACAUUAUCGUAUUCAUCAGACACAUUUAUACAAAGAGAAACAAGAGAUAAAAUAUAAAUAAUAAAAACUUAGUUUAGGUGUGCAAAGGCGGUCUUAUCGCUGAUGUGAUCUCUUCCAGAUAACCUAUGGCGAAAGUAGAUGUUAUAAGUAACGGGUUGGUCCUGCAAUAAAAAUUCAACAAUC